CGAGGCCCCCAGCCGACGAUCGGCGAGCAGAAAAAACGACCUAUUUAUAAGGGCAGCAGCCGGCCGGUAAAGAAGCAGGAGCAGAAGAAGAGAGCAAGAACCAAGAGCAAGCUAGCUAGCUAGGUGUCUUUGGCCAAAUUAAGCAGCUAGCUAGGUGCUCCUGCAGUCCUGCUGUGUGCUGCCCCCGCCGGGCGAGCACGAACGCCGUCGAUCUCCCGCCGGCCGGCGGCAUACCGAUAUCGGUCGGCGGCGGUUAGCUAGCUAGGCAUGGCGCCGGUGGGGCUCCCGCCGGGUUUCCGUUUCCACCCAACCGACGAGGAGCUGGUGAACUACUACCUGAAGCGCAAGAUCCACGGCCAGCACAUCGAGCUCGACAUCAUCCCGGAGGUCGACCUCUACAAGUGCGAGCCCUGGGACCUCGCCGAGAAGUCCUUCCUGCCGAGCCGGGACCCGGAGUGGUACUUCUUCGGGCCGAGGGACCGCAAGUACCCGAACGGGUUCCGGACGAACCGGGCCACGCGGGCCGGCUACUGGAAGUCCACGGGGAAGGACCGCCGCGUGAUGCAGCACCACGGCGGCGGCGGCGGGGGCGGCGUCCGGGCCAUCGGGAUGAAGAAGACGCUGGUCUACUACCGGGGACGCGCGCCGCAGGGGGUGCGCACCGACUGGGUCAUGCACGAGUACCGCCUCGACGACAAGCAGGACUCCGACGACGCCAUGGCCAUCCAGGACACCUACGCGCUGUGCCGGGUGUUCAAGAAGAACGCCAUCUGCGCCGAGGUGGAGGAGCUGCAGGAGGGGCAGUGCAGCAUGGCGCUGCUGGAGGGCGCCUGCCGGCAGCUUCUUGCCAGCGGCAGCAACAGCCAGGAGUACCAGACCCCAUCGCCGGACGUGCCGGUUGGGUCCACUUCUGGCGGCGGCGACGCCGAUGCUGACGACGACAAAGAUGACUCCUGGAUGCAGUUCAUCUCCGACGACGCCUGGUGCUCCAGUGCCGCCGAAGAAAGCACCUCCUGUGUGGCCCUCGCCGGCUGAUCGUCCACAGGCCGGUGCUCCAGACGGCCUGUUCAUUCAUGGAAACAAUUCCCUGAUAUAUAACUAUAUUUCUUAUUUCUUUUUGUGAUCGAUCGAUCAAUGCUGCUGGCUAUUAAUUAAUAAGUGCCGGCUGUUGAAGGUGCCGUAUAAGACUGAGCAGUAAUAAGGUAUAUAAUUCCAUCUCCCAGCGUAUUGCUGGGAGUUGGAGGGCUGGUGAAUGCCUGAAGGUUGUUGGAGUCCUUCCUGGAGUUGAGUUCAUGAGGAGGAUUAUAUAUAUGUAUGAUGAUGAUAGGAACAAUCAGAUUUAAUUUGUGUUUUUUCUCUUCUUUGUUCAUGUUUUUCCUGGUCUUCAUAUGUAUUAAGCUUCAUAUGUGGAGGCUUUCUCUAUCUUUUUGUGACAAAUAUAGAGUGAAGCUAUGCCCUUGCAUAGUUGUUUUGUGCCAUUUAUAUAUCACAGGAACUAAGAAAAUUGUAACUAUUUUUA